UAAAGGAAGCCUGACUGGAGGGAGAGAGAUGAGUAUCUACGGGGGAAGGGAGAUGGUCACAGCCGGCUGCAGUACUUCAGGCCUUCUUGAGCUGGGACUUGGUGUACGUGGAGAAGUUUCUUCUUCUUCUUCUUCCUGUGACUCUUCUUUGGGUUAUUCGUCUCAUCGUGCAGUAAGAUGCUCGGCACGGACACACUUCUCCAAUGAGACUCAGCUUCUGUGAUGGUUGAAGAAAGAAAUGAAACUCCUCAAACUGCCGUCGCAUUUCCAUUUCUGAGUCCUCUGAGAUCAACGAUCCACCCCAGCUGAACACCAUGAACGCCUCAGUCCUGCCAUUUGCCAACCACACCCCGAUCUGCUACUCCAUAAACAGCCCUCCCUUCAAGUACCACCCGACCAUCGCCUCGGCAUACUUCUCAUCCAUCUUCACCACUCUGGGAAUGAUCUCCAACCUCAUCGCCUUUGUAGUUCUCCUCAAGUCCUUCCGGCGGACUCAUAGCCGCUCCCGCUCGUUCCUGAUCUUCCUGGGUGGCCUGGUUGUCACCGACUCCAUGGGCCUCCUGAUCACCGGCUCCAUCGUGAUCUCCUUCCACGUUACGUACUUUAACUGGCGCCGGUUGGAUCCAAACUGCCACUUCUGCAACUUUAUGGGCAUGUCCAUGGUCUUCUAUGGACUGUGUCCACUGCUGCUCGGAGCCGCCAUGGCCACGGAGCGCUUCAUUGGCAUCAACCGUCCCUUUGCACGCUCCGCCAGCAUGCCCAAGAGCCGGACCAUCUCCAUGGUGCUGAUGGUCUGGUUGGUGGCUGGCUGCAUAGCUCUGCUGCCCCUCACGGGCGUUGGCAGCUACCACAUGCAGAUGCCUGGCUCCUGGUGCUUUUUCAACAUCAGCUCUGAGGGCAGCGACCUGGCCUUCUCCCUGCUCUUCUCGCUGGUCGGCUUGAUGUCCGUUGCCGUUUCCUUUCUGCUGAACACGGUGAGCGUCGUGACCCUGAUCAAGGUGUGCUGUGGACAGGAUCGGACCCAGCGUCGCCGAGACCACGAAGUCGAGAUGAUGGUCCAGCUCAUCCUCAUCAUGGCCAUUGCUUCUAUCUGCUGGUGCCCCCUGUUGGUCUUUAUUGCACAGACGGUGCUGUCCGGUGGACCCCUGAGGAUCAAGUACCUGCUGCUGUGGCUACGCUUCGCCACCUGGAAUCAGAUCCUGGACCCGUGGGUUUACAUCCUGUGUCGAUGGGCCAUCCUCAGGAGAAUCUACCCCCGCUUCCACUGGCCUGGCGGCUCCGUCGCGGCCGUGUACCCGUCCUUCAGACACGCGGUCCGGAGGUUCACGCGCUCGUCCCUGGGGAGCACUCUGGGUCCAGAUGAAGCAGAAGAGGCUCACAAGUCCAAUGUGACCCCCCCAUCCACAUUGAAGCCCCCCCCUCCGGCCCCGUGAUGGGCUGAGUCGCUGCAGCAGUGGCAGAAUGUGUUUGACUGUUAGCGCGGAAGCUCGUUGAGGAAUGUGAACCGUGGCCAGAAGCAGCGGUGCACUCAUGAUCUGAAGGAACGGAAUCGUGUUAAUUCACUGCAUGAAACUGAACUGUUCAACAGCUUAUCAACGACCCGUUAGCGCUAGUGUUAGUGCUGGUG